UCAGAGGUAGGAGUUGGUGUGGGUCGAAAUUCCUGCAGAAAUAACCAUCCUCUAUCCGUUAUCUCUUCCCCACCGCCCGAGCCGCCGGGCAAAUCCCAAGCAUUGCUGUUAAAUCAAUGCAGAUCUGUUGACUAAAAACUUCUGUAAUGGCGAGGAGUAAAUUAACUAUAUUUUUACUUCAGCUGUCGUGGACUUUCCAUCUUGCUACAGCAAUUCAAAGGACAGAUUUGUUUCCUUAUGGGGAAUCCAGCCGCGAUCUGAUUCUGAACGAGGGGGACGACGAGACUUCCAAGAAGCUCACACUGGAGAGACCUGUGUGCUUCUACGAGAAAAGUUUCAGUGAGCUUUACGUGGCGACCAAUGGCAUCAUCUCAGCCCAGGACCUACCGAUGGAAAAGCAGUACGUGGACGACGGCUUCCCCACAGACUUCCCCGUCAUCGCUCCCUUCCUAGCCGACAUCGACACGUCCAACGGGAGGGGCGCCAUCUACUACCGGGUCACAGAGACGCCCUCCGUCUUGAACCGAGUGGCGCAGGAAGUGCACCGGGGUUUCCCUGACGGCGGCUUCACUCCCACCCAUGUGGUCAUCGCCACCUGGGAGAACGUGGCAGCCUAUGAGGAAGGGGCACGAGGCAGCGGGCCGUCCAAUAGGGCUGUGUUCGUUCAGGCAGGUGCUCCCCACCGGGUUAACGGAAAGGUCAGUGGCAUCGUGACAGUGGGGUCCACCCCGGUCGACCUGGGCAGCAUCGACCUGCACGCCUACAUAGUGGUGGCUGACGGCCGGGCCUACACCGCUAUCAGCGAGGUGCCAGAGCCAAUCGGAUGGGCGCUGAUGCCAGUGGCGCCCAUCGGAGAGCUGUUCGGGUGGCUGUUCGCCCUGGAGCUGCCCAACAGCAGAGCAGGCUUCAAGAUCACGGGCGCCGAGUUCACCCGCCACGCGGAGGUGACCUUUCACCCCGGCAACCAGCGCCUCAACAUCGUCCAGACGGCCCGAGGACUGGACGAGCAGAACUACCUGAAGGUGGACACCCAUCUCCACGGCGACGUACCCUUCAUCCCCCCCGGAGCCACGGUCCAGAUGGACCCGUUCAAAGAGACGUUCCAGUACUACCCCUCAGUGGUGACCUCCACAUCCGUCCGUGAGUUCACGGUGGUGUCGGCCGAGAGGGGCUCCGAGUCGCUGUCCUUCCAUCUGCGACAGAACAUCACGUACCGGGACUGUCGCCACGGGCCGUCCUCCGGCCCAGAGACCCAGCAGCUGACCAUGGAGCGCGUCUUCGUCAUGUACGUCAAGGAGGAGCGCACUCUUCGCUACGCCAUCACCGACAAGAUUGGGCCUGUUGGAGUGGAGCCUGGCCAGGCGAACCCGUGCUACUCGGGAACCCACGACUGCGACACCACGGCGCAGUGCCUGCCAGGAGAGGGCCCUCAGUACCAGUGCCAGUGUGCCACGGGCUACACAGGAGACGGACGCAACUGUUACGAUGUGGACGAGUGUGUGGAGGGCCUGAGUUCAUGUGGUGCUCAUGGCCAGUGUGUUAACCUGCCAGGCAGCCAUCGCUGCCAGUGUCAGAGUGGUUAUGAAUUCGGUUUCGACGGACGUACCUGUUUGGACGUGGAUGAGUGUCGCUCCCAGCCCUGCGAUCCUCACGCUUCCUGCACCAACACCCUGGGCUCUUUCCAGUGCCGAUGCCAGCACGGUUACCAAGGAAACGGCUUCCAGUGUGUCCCGCAGGAUGGGCAAUCGGAGCGCCCUAAGACCCAGUGUGAGCACCACAGGGAUAGCCUGCAAGCAGGGCUGGAGCCCCGAGGGUCCAGACCGGGGCCAGGACCUCCCCUGGGGGCUUUUGUCCCCCAGUGUGAUGAGCAGGGUCAGUACAGACCCCUGCAGUGCCACGGCUCCACUGGACACUGCUGGUGUGUGGAUAAUAGGGGGCAGGAGAAAGCAGGCACCAGGACCCCACCUGGAACUCCUCCAACUAACUGUGAUGAACAGGAGAGGCCUGCAACCCACUGUGAGCAGGUCAGAGAUGGUCCCCAGCGCAGUCCUGAGGGCUACCCCAUCGUGGGGGCUUUUGUCCCUGAGUGUGAUGAGCAGGGUCAGUACAGAACCCUGCAGUGCCACGGCUCCACUGGACACUGCUGGUGUGUGGACAAUAGGGGGCAGGAGAGAGCAGGCACCAGGACCCCACCAGGAAGCCCUCAACCCAACUGCAAUGAAGCAGAACGCCCCAAGACCCACUGUGAGCAGCACCGAGCCGGUCUGCAGAGCAGUCCUGAGGGCUACCCCAUCGUGGGGGCUUUUGUCCCUGAGUGUGAUGAGCAGGGUCAGUACAGAACCCUGCAGUGCCACGGCUCCACUGGACACUGCUGGUGUGUGGACAAUAGGGGGCAGGAGAGAGCAGGCACCAGGACCCCACCUGGAGGACCUCAACCCAACUGCAAUGAAGCAGAACGCCCCAAGACCCACUGUGAGCAGCACCGAGCCGGUCUGCAGCGCAGUCCUGAGGGCUACCCCAUCGUGGGGGCUUUUGUCCCUGAGUGUGAUGAGCAGGGUCAGUACAGAACCCUGCAGUGCCACGGCUCCACUGGACACUGCUGGUGUGUGGACAAUAGGGGGCAGGAGAGAGCAGGCACCAGGACCCCACCAGGAAGCCCUCAACCCAACUGCAACGAAGAAGAACGCCCCAAGACCCACUGUGAGCAGCACCGAGCCGGUCUGCAGCGCAGUCCUGAGGGCUACCCCAUCGUGGGGGCUUUUGUCCCUGAGUGUGAUGAGCAGGGUCAGUACAGAACCCUGCAGUGCCACGGCUCCACUGGACACUGCUGGUGUGUGGACAAUAGGGGGCAGGAGAGAGCAGGCACCAGGACCCCACCAGGAAGCCCUCAACCCAACUGCAACGAAGAAGAACGCCCCAAGACCCACUGUGAGCAGCACCGAGCCGGUCUGCAGCGCAGUCCUGAGGGCUACCCCAUCGUGGGGGCUUUUGUCCCUGAGUGUGAUGAGCAGGGUCAGUACAGAACCCUGCAGUGCCACGGCUCCACUGGACACUGCUGGUGUGUGGACAAUAGGGGGCAGGAGAGAGCAGGCACCAGGACCCCACCAGGAAGCCCCCAACCCAACUGCAACGAAGAAGAACGCCCCAAGACCCACUGUGAGCAGCACCGAGCCGGUCUGCAGCGCAGUCCUGAGGGCUACCCCAUCGUGGGGGCUUUUGUCCCUGAGUGUGAUGAGCAGGGUCAGUACAGAACCCUGCAGUGCCACGGCUCCACUGGACACUGCUGGUGUGUGGACAAUAGGGGGCAGGAGAGAGCAGGCACCAGGACCCCACCAGGAAGCCCCCAACCCAACUGCAACGAAGAAGAACGCCCCAAGACCCACUGUGAGCAGCACCGAGCCGGUCUGCAGCGCAGUCCUGAGGGCUACCCCAUCGUGGGGGCUUUUGUCCCUGAGUGUGAUGAGCAGGGUCAGUACAGAACCCUGCAGUGCCACGGCUCCACUGGACACUGCUGGUGUGUGGACAAUAGGGGGCAGGAGAGAGCAGGCACCAGGACCCCACCAGGAAGCCCCCAACCCAACUGCAACGAAGAAGAACGCCCCAAGACCCACUGUGAGCAGCACCGAGCCGGUCUGCAGCGCAGUCCUGAGGGCUACCCCAUCGUGGGGGCUUUUGUCCCUGAGUGUGAUGAGCAGGGUCAGUACAGAACCCUGCAGUGCCACGGCUCCACUGGACACUGCUGGUGUGUGGACAAUAGGGGGCAGGAGAGAGCAGGCACCAGGACCCCACCAGGAAGCCCCCAACCCAACUGCAACGAAGAAGAACGCCCCAAGACCCACUGUGAGCAGCACCGAGCCGGUCUGCAGCGCAGUCCUGAGGGCUACCCCAUCGUGGGGGCUUUUGUCCCUGAGUGUGAUGAGCAGGGUCAGUACAGAACCCUGCAGUGCCACGGCUCCACUGGACACUGCUGGUGUGUGGACAAUAGGGGGCAGGAGAGAGCAGGCACCAGGACCCCACCAGGAAGACCCCAACCCAACUGCAACGAAAAAGAACGCCCCAAGACCCACUGUGAGCAGCACCGAGCCGGUCUGCAGAGCAGUCCUGAGGGCUACCCCAUUGUGGGGGCUUUUGUUCCUGAGUGUGAUGAGCAGGGUCAGUACAGAACCCUGCAGUGCCACGGCUCCACUGGACACUGCUGGUGUGUGGACAAUAGGGGGCAGGAGAGAGCAGGCACCAGGACCCCACCAGGAAGCCCCCAACCCAACUGCAACGAAGCAGCGGCCCCCACUAGACGCCCGGAGACCGUGUGUGACCGCUGGCGGGCCAGUCUAGUGGACCACUACGGGGGCAAACCGGAACCCCAACACUACCUACCUCAGUGUGACCCGGACGGCCAGUUCAAUCCGGUGCAGUGUUACGGAGACAGCAGCUACUGCUGGUGCGUGGACAGGGACGGACGUGAGGUGGCCGGGACGAGGUCGCACGACGUCGUCAAGCCUGCGUGUAUUCCCACGGUGGCUCCUCCUACCAUGCACCCGUUGCCCCGCCCUGAUGUGAUCCCGCCCCCCUCCUCCUCAGGAACUUCCCUGCUGUACGCCCAGGGUCAGCAGAUUGGAGCGCUGCCUCUCAACGGCACCAUCAUGGACCAGGAGCACUCCUCAACGCUGCUGGCUCUGCAUGGAUCCAUUGUGGUGGGUCUGGACUAUGAUUGUAAAGAGAGGAAGGUGUACUGGACAGACUUGGCUGGUAGGACCAUCAGCAGAGCAUCCCUGGAUCGGGGGGCAGAGCCUGAGAUUCUCAUCAACACAGGUUUGACCAGCCCCGAGGGCCUGGCGGUAGACGUGGUCCGCAGAGCCAUGUUCUGGGUGGACAGCACGCCCGACAAGAUCGAACAGGCCAACCUGGAUGGCAGCGGGCGGAGAGUCCUGUUUGACACAGACCUUGUCAACCCCCGGGCCAUUAUAGUGGACUCUUCCACUGGGACACUGUACUGGACCGACUGGAACAGAGAAGCUCCCAAGAUAGAGACUGCCUCAGUGGAAGGACACAGCAGGAAGGUUCUGGUCAGGGAGGGGAUUGGCCUGCCUAAUGCUUUGACCUUUGACACUACCUCACGCCAGGUGUGCUGGGCGGACGCAGGGACGAAGCGAUUAGAAUGCAUCUCACCGGACGGAACGGGUCGAAGGGUGAUUCACAGCAACCUCAACUAUCCCUUCAGCAUGGUGUUCUACAGCAACCACUUCUACUACACUGACUGGAGAAAGGAUGGCGUGAUGGCGGUGAGGCGUGACGGCAGCCUGUUCUCCGAGGAGUACCUACCCGACCAGAGGUCCCAUCUGUAUGGCAUUGCCGUGGCAACUUCCCACUGUAUAUCAGGGAGACACUAAUGACAGAGACUGUUCUACGGUGCUAUUUCGAGCUAGUCUUUUAAGUGCUUCUCCUGUGAGAACUCCUUCAGAGGGACUGCAAAAGAACAGAAGAAACUCAAAAAAAAAAACACCUGAAACCACAAGACAAAUUUACAAACACCAACGGCGAAUCCUUCACCCCCCCCCCCUCUUCCCUCACCACCUCUUCCCAAAUAUAGUUUUGUAAAUUUGUUUUAUACCUCAUUUCAUUCUACUGUAUUUUUGUACGUGUUUUUAUAGAAAGCCAAAGAAAAAGAAGCUUUAAAAAAUAAGAUCUUUGAGCCACAAAUCCUGUUGUCACUGUCCAUGAGUGUACGAGUGCACACACAGCAAUACAGUAUUUGAGUAGACUGUGCACUAAUAUGAAAUUUGUAUUUCACACAUGAAAUUGCAUUGACAUUUUACCAAAUACUUAUUACCACAGUUCUUUUGUAUCUUUUUGUAUCUUUUGUAAGAUGUGAUAUUUAUAACAAUAAAAUGUGAUUCAGGAUUUGUACAACUACCCUCA